AUGCACUACACAUCCUUCACACCAACUCAGUACCUCCCUCUUGAUACGGCCUCUCUACAAUCUGGAACGAUACUCGAUUCUAAUCACUCCAUUGCGAGUGCACUUCCCUUCCUAUCGCUUCUUCCUCUCUCUCUCCCUCCCCUCCCUCUUUUAACAUGGACGGGUCUUCUGCACUACAUUGGUGCUGUAGACGACUAUCCUAGCAAAACCUGCGCGUUCCUCGGAGAACGCGGUUGGGAGGGCAAGAAGGAUAUUAUUGUGCUCGACGGUAUUAAAAACGUCGCUGGUGUCAUGGAAGAUUGGACCUACGCAGGGCCGGUGUUACUACUGCGUCUGACAAUACAGGCGCACAGGAAAUAA